UACUCCUUCCCUGAUCUUGUUGAUUGUCAUUACUAUUAUUACUUUGUUUAUGCUUUGAAAAGUGUGCUUGGAUCUUCUUGUAUUCUCUCUGCAAUAUACUUCCUUAGCUUUCCCUAUAAACACAAGGUAGCAAGUUCUGGACUUUGCUUCACUUCCUCUUUCUAAUGCAACUCUUCUUGGCUCUCUCUCAAAAUACUCUCCGUCACUGCCCACUAAGAGGGUACCUUGUUGUCAUCUUCUCAAGAUCCUUGCACCUAAACUACGUGGGUUUGAUUCCUUAGUUUUAUACUUCUUUUGGGUUCUUGUUAACUUCACUGGAGAUUCAAAAGAACCGCCAGAAAAACGUUCAUCCAAGUUCAGGCCGAAGCUUCACCCUCUUAUGCUCUGUUUUCUCUCUGUUUCUACUUAAGUCUGUUGAGUGCUUUUGGUUCUUCGUAAUCUUGAAGAGUUAAAAGAGUUGAUCAAAUUACCCAUGAAGAGUCUAAUCAGAAGAAGCAGAAGUCAUGUUAUUCUGGUGCUGUGCAUGUUGAGUUUGAGUGGAUUGUGCACUGGGGAAGCAGACAGUGGUGAUGAUGGGGCUCCAAUGGAUAAAACAGAGCAAGCAGCACUUUAUUCUGCAAUUCAGGGGUUUGUUGGUAAUUUGUGGAAUGGCUCAGAUCUCUAUCCAGAUCCUUGUGGUUGGACUCCUAUUCAGGGUGUCUCUUGUGACAUCUUUGAUGGACUUUGGUAUGUAACUAGCUUGAGCAUUGGACCAAUCCACGAAAACUCUCUAAUUUGUGCCCCAAUUGUGGAAUUUAGACAAGACUUGUUUGAGCUUAAGCAUCUAAGAUCACUCUCCUUCUUCAGUUGCUUCAUUUCACCCCACCAGCACCCAAUUGCCCUCCCUACCACAGAUUGGUCUAAACUCGCUGGAAAUCUAGAAUCACUAGAAUUCCGAUCGAACCCGGGUUCGAUCGGACAAAUUCCUACUUGCUUUGGCAACCUCAUCAACCUUCAAUCUCUAGUGCUAUUGGAGAAUGGCUUAACAGGCGAAAUACCUGAAAAUAUUGGACACCUAACCAGCUUGAAAAGAUUAGUACUUGCUGGUAACUGGUUCACUGGUAGAAUCCCAGAUAGUUUUGGUCGGUUAAAUGAGCUACUAAUUCUUGAUUUGAAUAGGAAUCUACUGUCUGGUCCUUUGCCUUUGACUAUUGAGGGAUUGACUUCACUCUUGAAGCUUGAUUUGAGUAACAAUCAAUUGGAGGGGCAGCUGCCAAAUGGGAUUGGAUAUCUAAAGAAUUUGACACUCUUGGAUCUUAGAAACAACAAAUUUUCAGGUGGGUUGACCAAAUCACUUCAAGAAAUGUAUUCCCUAGAAGAGAUGGUAUUAUCUACCAAUUCAAUAGGGGGAGAUCUCAAGAGUAUUGAGUGGGAUAAACUACAGAAUUUGGUCAUUUUGGACCUCUCAAAUUUGGGGUUGGUUGGUGAAAUACCAGACUCUUUUGGUCAAUUGAAGAGGCUGAGAUUUUUGGGUCUUAGUGACAAUAAACUCACAGGCAGUCUUUCACCAAAGCUAGCAAGUCUACCUUGUGUUGGUGCCCUCUAUGUUGGUGGAAACAAUCUUACAGGGGAACUAAAGUUCUCUCAAGAGUUUUACAGGAAAAUGGGUCGGCGGUUCGGGGCAUGGAGCAACCCGAAUCUCUGCUAUCCGGGUGGGUUAGUUUCUACAAGUCAUGCUCCUUAUGGAGUAAAACCAUGCCAGCAAGAACUAAGAAGUCAUUCUGAUUGAUCCCAAUUUGACUUCCAAGUUGGGAGAUGGCAACUUGAACCGAAAUUCCCAUUUCAUUACUCCUUUGGGAUUCUCAAGCUUUUGCUGUUUAUGGGCUUUGGUGGGUUUUUCUAGUACAACUAUUAUAGAUGAAUUUCCUCUUCAAUUUGUACUUAUAGGCCCUACCUUGAGGUGAAAAGAAAAGAAAGAUUUAGCUCACCUAACAUGAAUCUUACAGCUUUCCUUUGUAAUGAGUUUAAUUUUGUGGUUGACAUAUAAUAAA